AUGGACUAUCAAGUCGCUGACUGCAAGCUGCCAGGGAAUAGGGGCCUGAAUAUUUGGGUUCAGCGGCGGCGCUUCGGACCAGAGACGGUCCCGGAGAAGCCUCCGCCGCCAGGAGAUAGAAUCCGCAAGCUAGAGCUUUCGGGUUGCGAAUUGCUAGCUCACGAAGAAAGGCUGCUGGUUUUCUGGACAAAGCAGCUACAGAGUGAGCUUUGUGCUAGUGACGCCCCCGUGCUACAGAAGCUAGAGGACAGCCUGGACCCAGCCAGGGCCCUGGAGAUGCUGGCGGGGAAGACAAGAGCGGGAACGCUCAAGAGAUAUGUCGUGGUCUAUCAACGCUGGAGACUCUGGCUACAGGAGGCUAAGCUGCUACAUCCUCCGGGUCGUCCGAUAGACCUGGUGGACUAUCUGCUAACCCGCCGGGACGAGCCCUGCGGGAGGUCAGUCCCGGCGAUCAAGCCCAUCGAGCUUCGGCUCGAGGAGGGCCGGCUAUUCACGAUACUCCGUCGGACCAAGACAUCAGGUCCGAACCGGAGGAUAAAGGGGCUGCCGGUUUGUGUUAGCGAAGUGGCAUUCUAUGAGGAUGCCCGCUGGAUAUCGGUAGGAUUCAACCUGCUAAAGGAGAACGCCAGCUACAAGAGGGAUUACCUCUUGCCUAGGUUAACAAUGGACCGCAAGAUGGCGAGCUAUGCUGACGCUGUGGUGGCCACCGCGGCGGUCCUCGCUAGGAUAGGCAUCCCCACGGCGGUCCAAGGAUAUUGGACAGAGCACUCAGAGAGAUCGAUAUUGCCGACGGCCUUGGCAAUAUUGGGUGUCACAGACUCUGAGAAAGAUAUCCUGGGGAGAUGGAAGCCCGAAGGCUCGGAUACCUAUGUCCGAUCCCACGGUGGAAGGGUGGCUAGAUUGCAGUCCAGAUAUGCAGCCGCUGCUCGAGAGGAUAGCCACUACUCUGUGCUGGACGAGAGAGAGAUAGCGGCCAACCUCCUGGAUUGGCUGCAAGAUAGGAGAAAGCUGGGCGAGGAGGCCUCCAAAGCUAUCGUAGACCCCCUGGUCCACAUGUGGAAGACGGGGCGGAUAUUUGCUGAUCUAGUUCCAGUGAUCCCUGAAGUGGAGGACAACCCUCCAGAAGAGAAGGGCGAGGACAGCGAAGAUAGCCAGGGGCCCGAGCCUGCUAGUUUUUCUAAGGAGCAAUUUUUCGGCUACAUCGAGCUGGUGCCAAUGGUUGUUGGAUGGGGAGAAAGAGGGAAUUUGAGAUUUCUCCAAUAUGCCGGAUAG